CGGACUACAACUCCCAAUAUGCCCUGGACCUGCCCGGCCCAAGUCCGCGACCUUAGGGAAGUCCAGCUGCUCGGACCCCCGACUCGGAUCCGAGCUCCUGCCUCCGCGAUGCUCCGCAGACUGGCCCUGUCGGGGUUCGGGGCCCCCUUGGCGCGGUGGGCUGGGGGCUGGGCGGGGGUCCAGGCCCACGUGGUGGACCUGCGCAGCGACACGGUGACCCGGCCCGGGCCGGCCAUGAGGCGCGCCAUGGCCGAGGCGGUCGUGGGAGACGAUGAUUACGGCGAGGACCCCACCGUCCGCGCUGGGAAGAGGAGAGCGGAGCCCCUGCUAAGGGUGCAGCGCUGUUUGUUCAUGCCCAGCAUUAGCAACAGAGCCCUCCCGAGUUUGAUGGGUCACUGCCGGCGCCGGGGUUCCCAGGUCCUCCUUGGGCAAGAAUGCCACCUCCACGUCUAUGAGCAGGGCGGGGUGGCUCAGAUUGCUGGAGUGCACUCCCAUCCCCUCCCAGACCUGCCCCAUGGCACCUUGGACCUUGAUGAGCUAGAGAGAGCACUCACUCGGGGCUUCGGGAGCCCCUACCACCCAAUCUGCGAGCUCGUGUGCUUGGAGAACACUCAUAGCAGCUCAGGGGGCCGGGUCCUCCCCAUUGACUACCUCCACCAGGUGCACCUCCUGGCCCACACGUAUGGAGCACGGGUCCAUCUGGAUGGGGCACGGGUCAUGAAUGCAGCUGUGGCUCUGCGUGUACCCCCUGCCCGCAUCGUGGAACACUGUGAUUCUGUAUCCUUCUGCUUCUCCAAAGGCCUGGGUGCACCAGCAGGGGCCCUGGUUGGGGGCUCCAAGGACUUCAUUGAAGAUGCCUGGCGCCUCCGGAAGGCCCUGGGUGGAGGCAUGCGCCAGGCUGGGAUACUGGCUGCAGCUGCCCUGGUAGGACUGACUGAGGCGGAGAAGGUGCUGCUGAGGGACCAUGGGAAUGCCCAGAGAUUCGCCAAAGGACUCCAGGACCUGGCUUCUCCCAUUUGCUCUGUGGAUCCUGCCACCGUGGAGACCAACAUGGUGCUGGUGCAGGUGGAUGGGCUGCCUCCAGAGGAGCUGUGUCAACGCCUGCAGGCUGUGAGUGAUGACGAGGUGGCCCAGACUGGCCACGCUGUGCGUGUGCUGCUGUUCCCCUGGACAGAACGAUCCAUACGUGCUGUGUGGCACCGUGAUGUCUCUGCAGUGGACACUGAACUGGCACUGAGGAAGUGGGAGUUUGUGCUGAGACGAUUGGGGCCCUGAGGACAGAGGACCAGGGUCCCUGUGCCCGAGCUAGAAUCAGAGUGGUGAGUGAGGGGCUUCAAGUCCUGACCUGGUGUCAGCCAGUCCUCCCUGGGGAAUGACAACAUUGCCCAGCCUCUGGUUUCCUCCAGCACCUCUCAUUCCGUUAGGAAUAACCAGGCAUGGGGUGGGAGAAGAUGUGAUUGAAAAUCCAGACAAAAACUGACAAAAAUGACUCUGGGGCUGGAGGGAGAUAUAGCACACUUGCUUCCAUGCAUGAAGCCUGGGUUUGAUCCUCAGCACCAUGUAAACCCAGUGUGUUGCUAUACAGCUAUAAUCCUAGCACUCAUGAGGUAGAGACAGGAGGAUUAGACAUCCAAGGUCAUCUUCAGCUAUAUAGUGAGUUUGAGGCCAGCCUGGAUUACAUGAGACCUUGUCUCAAAAUGAACAGAUUUUUAGGUGAUUAAGAUAAUGGAGUUAUUAGAGAUGAUCCUUAAAAUAAAGUAUUGAAGGAAUUGUA